AUGACUGUUUCACAACUAAAAGGUUCCCCCUUUUAUGGAGUUACUGGUGAAGGAUGUGAAAGGAGAGGAAUGAAAAAAUGGAGUGAAGCUUUUACAUUAAAAGACAAAAUACAAGUUCCUCGUGAUUGUCAUUUUGUGGUGAGCAAUAAGAGGGGAAUGAGAUUGAACACUGUCACCAAGUGUGGUGGACCAAUCAGUGAUCAGCCAACUUCAGAGUAUGGCUUGAACCUUUCCAGUGUUGAGGAGAGAUUAGCUUCAAACAAUGGACGAUCUGUAAGCAAGGGAAUCUUUGACUCAACAGGGCCACCAAUGAGCAGUCAAUCACACACAGCAAGUGUCCAAAAUGAACUUCUAAUGCUUUCUUUACCAGCAAUUGCUGGACAAGCAAUUGAACCUUUAGCACAACUGAUGGAAACAGCUUAUGUCGGUAGAUUAGGGCCGUUGGAGUUGGCAUCAGCCGGAGUUUCCAUGUCAAUUUUCAAUAUCCUGUCAAAGGUUUUUAAUAUACCUCUCCUCAGUGUAGCAACUUCAUUUGUGGCUGAAGACAUCUCAAGGAGUGCUGGCAAGUCUUCUUCAGGUUAUGGCUGCCCUGAUGAUGAAAUGGCUGAAAGAAAGUCACUACCUUCUGUCUGUACUGCCUUAGUCUUAGCAGCUGCAAUUGGUGUAUUUGAGGCCUUGGCAAUGUAUCUAGGAUCUGGAAUAUUUCUCAACAUGAUGGGCAUACCACCUGCUUCACCAAUGCGCAUUCCAGCAGAAAGAUUUCUCAAACUCAGAGCAAUCGGUGCUCCAGCAGUUGUAGUUUAUUUGGCCAUUCAAGGCAUUUUCCGGGGAUUUAAGGACACAAAGACUCCUCUUCUACGCCAAAUGUUCAAAGAAGAGGUGAAGGCUUCUAAACAUAAUUCAGUAAAUAGAUCUCAGAACCAUAAUGGUGAAAGUAUGACCAAAGGUGGUUUUCUUCUUGGGAGAACCUUAGCUGCUGUCUUGACCAUAACUUUGAGCACAUCUAUGGCUGCUCGUCAAGGAGCACUAGCCAUGGCAGCUCAUCAAAUAUGUUUACAAGUGUGGUUAUCAGUUUCACUCCUUGCAGAUGCUCAAGCUGCAUCUAGUCAGGCCCUUAUUGCAAGUUCUUCUGCAAAAGGUGACUACAGCACUGUGAAAGAAAUUACUUUCUCUGCUUUAAAGUUUGUGAGUGCUAGUCAACCUAUUAAUGCGCUUGCUUAUAUAUUUGAUGGUCUCCACUACGGCAUAUCUGAUUUUUCAUAUGCUGCUUGGUCUAUGAUGGUGGUUGGGGCAAUAUCUUCUGCAUUUAUUCUUUACGCACCCUCAAUUGUUGGUCUCUCUGGAGUAUGGUCUGGAUUAACUCUUUUCAUGGGCUUGCGGACUGUCGCUGGAUACAUGAGGUAUGAACUGCAUGACAUUAACUUCCAAUAG